GUAGGAUAAGCUCAACAACUCCGACAGCCACCCUCUUUCUGUCAAUCUACUGAUCAGAUUCACUUGGACAGGCUGAGAAAUACAAACUCACACUCCCUCAACUUCGCUUCUCUUCCCUCGCCUUCCAACACCCACCAACCCAUCAAAUCAAAUUGUAACCAACUGAUCAGCACAAUUCCCUUAUUUCUGUUUUUUUGUUUUUCUUGUUGUAUACAAAUCACAAUCCACUAGGCUUGUACACUCCAAUUCCAUUCUUCCUGACCCUUGCUCUCUCCCUCAAAACCUUAUUCAACACUCUCAUCCACCAUGAACCACCAUCCCCAUCAACAACACCACCCACCACUACCACCCCAACAACAACAACAACAACAGCAGCAACAACCUCCUCCUCACAUCGACUUCCUCUUCGAUCUCAUCCGGACCGAGAAGACUUUUGCCAACGAUCUCUUCACGAUCAUCAACCGGAUCGCCUCUGCCUAUUCGCCCACCAACUUCCCCCCCGCCCACCUCGACCGUCACUUCAGGUUGAUCGAGUCCAUCUUCAGAGCCCACAACUCAUUCCUCUCCCAGUCCAUCCUGCCCAUCGACCCCCCUCAGCCAAACUACCAUCUGCUCGCCUUCGUCAGCCUCUUCAACCAGCUCAUCCGUCAUCUCCUGCCUGCUUACCAUCGAUACUGUCAUCCCAGCGGCUGGGCCGGUGCGGGUGGUUGGUCCCGCGAUCCUCACGUCAACUCAAAUCACUUACUCAUCCAAACCCUACUCUCACUCGAUUGGCCUGGCUCACUAAGCCUGCCCACCCAACCGCCAACUCACACAGCCCCAGCAGCACCCUCCUGCCCUCCGAUCUUCCCCGAGGCACCCUACCCAACCGAUGACCUCCUGCUCUAUGACUCCGACUCUGCCGUCCAUGCCAGCCUGACCGUCUUCUUCGCCCUGCCCUUUGCCAGGCUGUUCUACUAUCGCAAACUCUCUCAGUUCCUACUCCAGAUACUCCAGCAUGGCAGGCCCGAACACAAGGCAGUCUAUGACUCCGCACAGCAAAUCUCACUCCUGCUCGAUCGUGGUCGAGCCCAAUGGAAUAUCUCCCCACUCCACUUCAUCUCUCCCAGCCAACCGCCAUCCGAUCCACUCCCUAACCAAGCUCUACCGACUGCUCAAGCUUCAACAGCUCAACAGAGUCCUCCUAGGCGUGUCUCCCCUGUGCCACCUGCUUCGCCAUCCCAGACCAAUUCAACCCCUGUUCCACCUAACCUGAGGUCUUCUACUGAGACAGCCCUAAGUGGCUUGGCUGAAAGCAGUAUUGGUAGCACCACCGAUGAAGUGUUCGAUCAAACAAACCCAAGCACCCCAUUGUCAUCCUCCAGUGCCACAUUUGAGGCUCAGCAACAAGCAACCUUCAAAACUCCUCGUGACAUGGUACAAGUCAACCGUGGUGUCUUUGUUCAACAGGCCAUUUUGAACCUUCAAACCCAGCUGGACACCAGUCGCUGUUUGGACGUCUUCAGCAUGGCCCCUAAGCAAUGUCGACUUCUCCUAGCUCCCCCCACUUUGGCCUACUCGAGAUCAUUAAGAUACAGCGGUGACGCAAAGUUCAAAAUUCGGCCCCAAUCCGAUCCCAACCGCGAAAUUGAAACCACAUCAGGUCGACUCAUUCUGAUCACCGACCUAUUGAUGUUUUGUGAAUACAAGGAACAGUCGUCUCCACAACAUCCUAACAUGUGGUUGAUGUAUCCUCCCCUGGCUGGGAAGCAUCUUCAGGUGACCCCCGUCGGUAAUGACUCGGAAUUUGGGUUUGACGUUGUUGCCAUGGGAAAGGCAGUGAUCCGUGUUUGUGUGAGCAGUCAGACCGAGAGAGAUGCUUGGGUUCAGAAUUUGCAAGAGGCCAUCGAGUUUGGACGACAAGUUUCCCUUCAAAAACAAGUGGGCUCCAUGUCUCCUGAGAACCAAACCACGCAUGACGAAAACCGCAGCUCGUUAAAAAACCCAAAGUUGUCAGCUCUCUCAAGUCUGUCGAUCAAUGGUAUUCCACCAAGGCUUGGAACCCAGUCACAACCCAUUAGCCCCAGCUUUUCACACAAGAGCGAGCGCCCUCCAUCCUCAUUUUCCGCUUAUCUCGAGCACCAAACACCUCAACUGUCCCCACCAUGCCCUGGUCAAUACAGCAGAAGCCCUUCGGACGCCGGAGGAUCUCUUGCAAAUCAAAUGGCGUCACAUUCAUUAAGUCCGCCACCCAAUGCUCACCAGCAUCCUACUGCCAGCCGUGAUCGUGACUCACGGGAACGCGGCGAUUUCCCAUCUCACCGGAUGAUGAACAUGAACGGGGCCUCGGGACAGCCAUUGAGGAGUCCAGGUAUGUAUUCGGAUAGUCACCGAUCUCAAACAGGUUCAGUACCAUCCCAUAGUGCGGGUGAGGGUGCCCAUCCCGGACAGACUGCUGCCCUGCGCACACUUCGCAAAGCGCCAUCUGCACAUGCGCUUGGAGCACGUUUUGAUCCGCGGACGACGGACCUUCCACCGAUGCCGACUGCUUUCGGGCAAAGCUUGAGACCAUCGGAGGACCGCAGGGCUGUAUCAGGGAUGCCAGGGAUGAUGGAUCCGAACUCGAUCAGACGAUCUACCUCCACGGAACCAUAUCGGGAUCGACAAUACAGACCGCCCUCGGCAGCGAUUAGCCGUAUACAUGAUAGACCACCUUCAGGAGCUACCUCAGUCUCAAGAUCAUCGAAACUAGCAGGCCAACAGAUCUCUGGAUAUCGAUCAGAUGAUUCGGAUAGCAUCCCACCUUCAAGUCCACAGGAAUCAUCUCAAAACGUCCAGUCGAUCCUGGUGGCUGAGAUGAAGACCAAGGUGUUCUUGAAGCAAUCCCACUCCCAAUGGAAAUCUCUAGGGACCGCUAAGCUCCAUCUGUUUGUGCAGAAGGGUCGCAAUUCCAAGCAGCUCGUCGUCGCUACUGACAAGGGUAAAACACUCAUCUCGACGAUCGUCUUGACGGAUGGGAUCGAACGCGUCGGUAGGACCGGCGUCGCCGUCGAUAUCUCCGACCGUGGGGUUCGGACUGGGAUUGUUUAUAUGCUUCAAAUGAAGAAUGAAAACUCGGCGGCUGGUUUGUUCGAACAACUCUUGCAAGGAUCGGAUCGAAGACCUAAAUAAAAAAAGUCACGAUGUUUUUUUUUUCCUUUCUU